AGGCUUUUCUUCUCUCUGUCUCACAUCAGUCUCACAUCAGGACCCAGCCAGUCAGUUUCAGACAUCAUAGAUCUUCUCUUCUUCUGAACACUCAUCAGCUACUCUGAGAUACAGUAUGUCUCGUCUGGAGAAGGCUGUUGUAUCCAUGGUGGAGGUGUUCGAGGAGUAUGCUACAAAGGAUGAUAAGAAACAGCAGCUUAGCGGGGCAGAGCUGGCAGAGCUGAUGAGGAAAGAGCUGGCCAGCCCAGAGUUCCAAGGAAAGGUGGAACCAGCAGUGCUCCAGGAGGCGAUGACCAACCUGGAUAAGAACCACGAUGGGGAGAUCAACUUCAGAGAGUUCUCAAUGUUCUUGGCUACUCUGGCCAGAGGCUACUACAGAGCCAGAAACAAGGGCAAGGGCAACAAGGGCAAGCCUGACAAGCCUGAAUGAGCUCCCGAGUGGCGCAGCGGUCUAAGGCACUGCAUCUCAGUGCUUGAGGCUACACUACAGACUCCCUGGAAAAUUAUACUUACUGUAACUUGUAUGAUGCUUUUAAGAUGUCUUCUCAACUUUUCCCCCCGUUUAAAAAAAUAAAUAAUUUGACUUGAUUACUAA